GUUGUCUUUUCCUACUCAAAAGUCUCUUAAAUGGCUCUACCAGGAAUUUCAAUUUCCUCUGCUUUCCUUUUCUUCUUUCUUCUUCCCAGUUUAAUCCAACUUCUUGAAGCUUCAUCAUUUACUUUCAAUAAUGGCUUCAAUGGAAAGGAAUCAGAUCUGACCCUUCAAAAUGGAGCUACCAUUGACAACCAAUCUGGUUUACUCAAGCUAACAAACACAUCAUACCAAGUUACCGGCCAAGCAUUCUAUUCCAAACCCAUUCAGAUGUUUGCAAAAGAUUCAACCCCCAACAAGACUCAUCAAGUAUCUUCAUUCAGCACAAGUUUUGUAUUUGCAAUGGUCAAUCCAAGAUCAAGACCUGGUGGUUAUGGCCUGGCCUUCACCAUAUCUCCUUCCGCUGAAUUCCCUGGAGCAGAGGCUGGCCAUUUUUUUGGAAUCUUCAACCCUUCCAACGUUAACAACUCAUCCAAUCAUAUCUUCCUCGUGGAAUUCGAUACCGUCGACGGCUUUAACGAAACCGAGGACAACACCGGAAAUCAUGUCGGAGUCAACUUCAACUCGGUGAACUCCACUCUAAAGAAAAUAGCUGGUUAUUAUGGAGAUAGCAAUCCAGAAGAAAAACGAUAUAUGAUAUUGGAUAGCACUGAUGGAGAGCUUAUAUGUGCUUGGAUUGAAUACGAUGGAGUCGAAAAACUUCUCAAUGUAACAAUUUUUCCUACAUCUUUGCAGAAGAAACCAAACAAGGCCUUGAUAUCCAGACAUGUCGAUCUAACUAGUGUUUUCAACGAGAAGAUGUUUGUUGGAUUCUCUGCUUCAACAGGGAAGAUGAAGUCAAGCUCUCAUUACAUUCUUGGAUGGAGUUUUGCAAUGGAUGGGAAAGCAAGAGAGCUCAAGUUCAAUCUACUUCCCAAACUACCAAACCAGGAUGGUACUUCAUCUCUAAAACCCCAAAUUAUAGCUCUUAUAGCAGGUUUAUGUGCCUUGUUGCUCACGUUAUUCGUGAUUUUGGGCUAUCUUACAUUGUACAAAAGGAUGACAAAAACUUUUGAGAUUCUUGAAGAUUGGGAAUUGGAUUGUCCUCACAGAUUCAAAUUCAAAGAUCUUCAUACAGCAACAAAGGGUUUCAAAGACUCCGAGUUGAUCGGAGUUGGUGGAUUUGGUGCUGUCUAUAAAGGUGUAUUGCCUUCAACUGGAUGUGAAGUUGCAGUGAAGAAGAUAACUAAGAAUUCACUUCAAGGAAUAAGAGAUUUUGCAGCAGAGGUUGAGAGCUUGGGACAGUUGAGGCACAAGAACUUGGUGAAUCUUCAAGGUUGGUGCAAGAAAAAGAAUAAUCUCAUCAUCGUCUACGAUUAUAUCCCAAAUGGAAGCUUGGACUCUCUCAUUUUCAAUCCCAGAGGUAACAUUUUCUUGACUUGGGAACGGAGAUUCAAUAUCUUCAAAGGCAUAGCAGAGGGGCUACUCUAUCUGCAUGAAGAAUACCAACAAGUUGUAAUCCAUAGGGAUGUAAAAUCAAGCAAUGUUUUGAUUGAUUCGGACAUGAAUGCUCGGCUAAGUGACUUUGGGCUUGCCAGGCUUCAUGAUCAUCACGGUGAGAUAUCACACACCACUGGAGUUGUUGGCACAAUUGGGUAUAUAGCACCGGAAUUGGCUCGGACCGGCAAGGCCUCGACGGCCACAGAUGUGUUUGCUUAUGGGGUUUUGCUACUUGAAGUUGCUUGUGGAAAGAGACCAAUUGGGUCAGGAAAUUUCAUAUUGGUUGAUUGGGUGACUGAAUGUUGUCAGAUGGGAAGGCUGCUUGAUGUGGUGGAUCCAAAGUUUGGUUCGGAAUUUGCUGUUGAAGAGAUGGAAUUGGUGCUGAAAUUGGGUUUGCUUUGCUCUUAUCACAAACCAGAAGCCAGGCCAAGCAUGAGACAAGUGGUUCGGUAUCUGAAUGGGGAUGAUUUGCUUCCCGUUUUUGAUGGUUGGGGAACCAAUGUUGAGUCCCAAGGGGAAUAUAGGCUGAGCACAAGAUGUAUGGAAGUGACUUCUAAUGGUACCAGCACAUCAAUUGGCGCUGGUGUUUCUUUCAAUUCCAUCAACAUAGGAAGAUAGUAUUUUGUUAUUUUAUUUAUUUAUUUAUUUAUUUUUAUCUUGGUAAAUAACACAGGAAGAUAGUAUAUAUAGGUUUUUCAUGAUUAUUUUUUUCUUACCUCUUUCAUUUUUCGGAUUUUUUCUUCUUUUUCUUUUGUCGUGAAGCACUUCAAGUGCACAUGCUUUUCCUCGUUGAAUCUUGAGCCAUGGGGAUGUAAAAACAUAGAGAUUGAGUUUUAUUCUUCUCUUUUUAACAAUUAUUGUACUUCUUUACUUAUUCUCAAUUAAUAAUUUGAUCGAGUA